CACUAAAAGCUAACUUAAAUAACUUUCUCUCUUUUCAGCGAACAUGCGAAUCCAAAAAUUGCUAACAUAUGAGAGUAAGCGUAUAAAAGUUGCCAACAUCUGAGAGUAAGCGUAUAUGAUUGUUUACACUUGUCAAUAUGGCUCAUGGUCCACACACUCACUUAGCUAAAAACGAGUCACUACCUUAACAAUUGGUUUGUUUGUUUCUUCAUUGAAGAGAGAACCAAUUGUUAUAUUUCACGCUUUGACCACCACAGCAAAAAAUUUGCUUCUUUUUCUGCUUUUUCGUAUACAAAUGAAUGUUAGCAACGAAAAUGAUACGAAAGUGUUACGUGAUUCCAAAAAAACGUACAUCAACUAUCGGUUUUCUCGCGAACGAAAGCUAGCUUUCAGGCAUUCAAUAAAACCACUACCAAUUUCAAAUAAAUACCAUAUCGGCUUUCAUGAAACUUUUAUACAUGUUAGUUGUCAAAAUAUUACCAAAUGACAUUUACGUCCCAAUACGAUAGCGUAGCGUAUUGUCUACGUUAGUAUUUAAGUAACUAGGUUAGCAUUAAGGCAAUAAAGUUAAAGAAUAACAUUGUUGUAAGCACGGCACGUGCGAAUUGAUAUUGAUUUGUUGAUCAUUAUAUAGAAAAAACAUUAUUAUGUCUUUACUGAGAAUAAGGAAACCAAAAACUCGCAAAGGCAAACAAGUGCUGUUGGCAAGGGAAUCUCAGCUUGUCGAGAAUGCCCGCGUUAUGCUGCUUCUAGAAGGCCGUAAAUGUGGCGGAAAUGUAAAACUUUAUAUGAAAGAUUUGCAGCAAUUAAGAAAGCCUUUGGUGAGAGUUUUAAAUCGAAGUAAUGACAUAUCGCCUUUUGAAGAUCCAUCUUCACUGGAAUUUUUAGUCCAGAAAAACGAUUGCGCUCUCUUUGCUUUUGGCUCAACUUCUAAAAAGAGGCCUGACAAUCUCGUCUUGGGCCGUAUAUUUGAGAACGAAAUACUGGAUAUGGUCGAAUUAGGGAUUAAGCAAUACAAGGCUUUAUCAUAUUUUAAAAUUGAAAAAAUUGGCACUUGCGUAAAACCCUGCUUAGUUUUUAAUGGACCGAAAUGGUCGCAAACCGACGAGUUGAGACGUCUGCGUAAUCUUCUGACUGAUACUUUUCAAAAGGAUAAGAUUGAAGCAAUACGAUUACAGGGUAUAGAACAUGUUUUAAGCUUCACUUGUACAGAGGAUAUGACAAUUUUGAUGCGUUCGUAUAAGAUUUUACUGAAAAAGUCAGGUCAGAGAACACCACGCAUUGAACUAAUGGAAAUAGGACCUUCUGCCGAUUUUUCCAUACGACGUAGUAAAAUCGCUUCCGAGGAUUUUUACAAAACGUCUCGCAAACAACCUAAAGAGUUGAAGGUCACUAAAAAGAAAAAUAUCUCACACGACGAGUUAGGCAACACGCAUGGUCGAAUACAUUUAGGAAAACAAAAUUUGGAUAAGAUACAAACAAGACGUGUUAAGGGUUUGAAAAAAACUUUGGAGCAGAAACAUGAGAAUAGACAAAAGAAAAAAGAACUUUUAAAAACAGCUGCUAAGGAAAUGUUAACCAACAAAGAAUGAACGAAGCCAUAUUUUUCUAUAGUAACAUUAAUAAAAUUGGUGAAAUAGUGGAUUGGAAUAUAAUAAUUUUUUAUAUUGUAUAUAAAAGGAAAUGUAUUUAACAGACGUAUAUCAGUUA